AUGAAUCAAGCUGAUGUUACCAAAUUGGUUUCCAAGCUACGUAUUAAAGUGCCCCCGAAACAUCGACGUCUUAGAAAUGCUGAGGGACCAGAAGGUAGAAUAAAUAAAUUAAGGAAAACAGUAACCGCAAUAAUAAAAUACGAAAGAAUUGAAGUCAAUUACAACAGAGGCGAUGAAGCUCGCCAGUACACAGAAAGGUUAAUCGCUGAGGCUAUCAAUCAUGGUGAUUGCCAUAAGCCAACAAUGGAAAUGGCCAACUUUUGGCUCCUGGAGAAAGAACUUGUACACAAAUUGUUCAAAGUUUUAGUACCCCGCUUUGAAAAUAGUAAUUCUGCCUUCACUAGAUUUUUGAAGGCACCAAGACCAGCACAUAGCCGUAACAUGGAUAAGGCUGUAUUAGAAUUAAGGGGCAAUCCUUUUCCAUCUCUCCAAAAUAGACAAGCCAAUAACAGAUUGCUGCUUCAAAAUGUUCUACUUGAUGCAGCAAAGUAUGAUUACAGACAAGCCAAAUAUGCUGAAAUGGCAGAGAAUAUUGGGAAAACUGAAUCUGAACCCAAAGAGAAGUCAUCUGAUCAAAAACCUAAUUUAUGA